AUGGGAAGAACAAAGCUAAAGUUUGCUUGGAUCGGGAAUCAAAGGGCAAGAAAAAACGCUUACAAGAAGAGGAUGCAAGGACUGAUUAAAAAAGCUGGUGAACUAACCAUCUUGUGUAAUAUGAGUGCUUGUUUGAUCUUUUUCAGCCGUGAUGAUAACAGGUUGGUGGUGUGGCCGUCUCACGAGGUGGCUGAAUCUCUCAUCGAGCGGUUUUACUCAUUACCCGAUAUCGAGAGGAACCAGAAGGCAGAGGAUCAAGAGUCGUUCAUCAGGACCAAUACCAAAAAGGUUGAGAACAAACUAGCCAAUUGUCGGAAGGUAAUCACGGAGUUGGAGAUGGAUCAUCUCAUGUUCCAAAUCCAUAAUGGUCGUAAACUUGAUGAUCUUUCCCAAACCGAGAUUGAGAAAUUAAUAUCAUAUUCAAGUAAGAAGAUUAUGGGCAUGGGGAGAGAGUUAGGUUAUACGGGACAUCCUUUCCCUUGUGUCUACGAGCCGUUUAUGGGAAACGAGUCGCCGAGCGCUUCGGAUGUUGCGUCUGAAUGGAGAGAGAAUAGUUUUAGCCUGAUGGGAAGUGGAAGCAUCUAUUUGAUGGAUCAAUGGUUCGAGGAUAAUCCAAAAGUUGAAGAAAAUUGCGACGAGGCUCAUUUACCCACAAUGACAUCUCGAUUCAACCUAAACGUGGAACCUUCUGAUGACGAUGACGAUGAGGACAUCAAGAUCUGUAAAGGGGAGAACAGCAAGUCUGGUGGUGCCGACGAUGCCUAA